AUGCACAAACUCUGUGAGUACCACCGCCGAAAAGCCAACAACGUGCAAAAAGCAGGGCAAGAGCCAGCCGCAGACCCCGCCUCGGACUCAGACUCGGGCGACGACGUCAAGUCUCCGUGGGCCAACAUGACACUGGAGCCGCUGCCCUUUUACGCAACGAACUGCUCGAAGGCAGACCCACUGGCGUACGAGGACUGCCUCAUGCUGAUAAAGAUUCUGACGUAG